AAUGACAUUUUCGACAUGUUCAUUAUGGUUUUUGUUACACAGUGAAUGUCUACUAUGGCUCGGUAUUUGAUCCUAUAUCCACUGUGUGCUGUGCAUAGGCGCCUAUUUUUAUGAGCGAUAGAUCGUUAGGAUGUUAUCGUAUUGGUGCAUGAGUGACUGCGUACCGUAUUAUUCAGUUUAUCAAUAUACACGGACAAGUGUAGCAUCGAUCAGGGAUAAGCGGUAACCUAUUUCGUGCGUAGAAAUGGCCAAAGAACUCGGUAAAGAUCCCUUGACAUACGAAAGGGAGAAGCAGGCAUUUCUCGACGAGCUGAAGCAAUUUCAUUCGUCAAGGAGAACUCCUCUGAGUCGUUUACCUACAAUAAGUGGCAGGGAAGUGGACUUGCAUCUGCUGUACCACAAAGUAACGUCGUUGGGUGGCUGGAACAAGGUCAGUGACCAAGAGCGAUGGGGAGAACUUCUGGGACUAUUUCAUUUACCAAGAGCAUGCGGUAAUGCAACUGAAGCCCUUAAGCACAUUUACAUCCGAUUCCUUGAUCUGUACGAAAAGGUGAACUUCCUUGGAGAGGACCCCGCAGAUGAGGAUGACGAUUAUGAGAGUCGGAAAACAAAGGGACCCUCACUGGUUGACCAGGUGUCCAUGGUGUACAGGAAAGAGCAUCACACCAUACCAGACACCCUGCGCAGUUUCCACGGACUCAGCAUGGAGUUUGCGAAACUCAGCCAGUACGACAAGCUCAUCUAUUCGCUCAUGUCCGGUCUGCCGAACGAAGUGGACUUCGCGCUGAACGUGUGCGUGCUGCUGUCGAACGAGGGGAAGCACGUGCUGCGGUUGCAGCGGUGUCCCCGGCUGCUGGACCUGCUGCUAGCUCACGCCGGCAUCUUCGCCGAGGGAGCGGCAACGCUGCAGAGCGUCUACGAGAGCUGGCGAGCCCUGACACAUCGCCAGUUCGUACGGUUCUGGUACGAUACGGUCAAGGAUGAAGGUAUCAGAGAGCUAAUACCAUUACUCGUGAAUAAAGAUGGAGAGAGUCUGGAGGAUAGCCCUGGUGAUGAGCUGUUUACAUUGUCACGAAAUUAUGGGGUUCAUGACACCGAGGGACAGCGCAUCGAACAGAUAGUAGUCAUACUGCGCAACCUGUCCUUUGAGAAUGGGAACAUUCCAGUGAUGGCAUGCAAUUCUUCGUGCAUAAGGUUUCUCUUGUUGUGUGCGCACUGCAGUUGGUCAACAUUAAGGCAGAUGGCGCUGGAUACAUUAGCGAAUCUGGCCAGGCAGCUGGAACUGGAGCCGAUUGAGGUCCUAAACACCCAGCUUCUGUUCCGAACGAUUGCAUGCUGUGUAUCCUCAGCAGACAAGUUUGAAACAAUACGAGGAAUGGAGGUUCUGGCCAACUUGUGUCUACACGAGUUGAACGAAGAAACGAUCGUGGGCAACGUUGAUGAGUGGGUGUACAGGAAGAUCUGCCUCAUGCUGACUGUGCACGAUAUCAUGCUCAUAGUUUACACACUAGAGGUGCUCUACCAGCUGUCCGAGCUUGGAGAGGCGACAUGUACGAACAUCGCCAGCGUACACAAAUCUGUGGAAAUUUUGGUUGACAUGGCAACUGUAGAGGCACAGGCAUUUGGUCCUGAGGCUUUGGUUGGCAUGAAGGUGGUGGAGUACAUUCCACCCACUCCACAGGGGGUGCCACAUCCCAACGCGCAAGCUUUAUCACAGCAGCAACAGCAGCAGCAGCAGCAAUCACUACGGGACUCGCUGGCCCAGGGCCGACCAAUGCCACUCUCGGCACCCUUGCCUCAGCAUCAGCAGAAAGCUGCACAUAUGCAGCAGCAACAGCAGCAGCAACAGAAAGAACAUCAUCAUCACCAACGGCCUAUACUUCCAGCAUCAAUGACCUCAAAUGCCACGCCAGGCACCCACCCACAUCCCACGAUAGAGCCCGAGAAGUUUGCUUGCCACUGGCUACAAUCCAGCUUUGAGGAACACCCAGGAAGCUCCUAUCCAAAGGUGGACAUGUACACUGAGUAUUUAGGCGCAACUAGCAAGCUAGGCAGGGCUGCCAUCCUCAACUCCACGAAGUUUGCUGAAUGCCUUAAAAAAGUAUUCCCUAAAGCCGGGGUCAAGAAGGUAGAGCUCGGCGGUGGCGGAUCAGUACAACAUCAUGACAGACUACGAAGAAAACAUCCAGUUCCAUCAGCAAAACAGCAGCCUUGGUACCAGCGGCCACCUCCACCCACAUCCUUGCCUACGCCUUCCCGCCCUGAACGGCCAGUUAGCCGGGGCAGUAACAGCAGCCGUCUUUCGACUCCACUGUCACCAUCUCAGAUCCGUUUCCCAAUGUUGCCUGCGCACCUGCGCAGCCAGUCCCCUUCCACUCCUCCGUCAGGUCAGGCCUCUCCUAACAUGUUUUCCCCCGCCUCGCCACUUCUCUCAGCACAACUCAACAGCCCAGCUAGUGAUGGGGGUUUGGCAAUUCAGCCUGGCCAGUUCAAGUCUCGGGAUCACGGUACAUCCACGCCGUCUGGUAAUGCGGGACAGAAAUACCCAUCCAUUCAGCAAGCAUUGUUAGCCAAGAGCAAAGAUACACGAUCUCUUCCAUCACCAACUCAACAUGGUCAGUUAUCACCUAGCAACAAUACCAGUCUCAUCAAAAGCUUGCUGGCUACUAAGGUGACACAGAACAUGCAGCAUCGUGCUCAAAACCAGCAGAACAAAAGAACAGGAGUGACGUCACCAGGCAGCCCGCGUUCACCUCAGCAGCCAUCACUUAGCAACCCGUGUGUGCCACACGAGUUUCACCACGGCAACCAGCACCAUUCGUAUCACCAGGCAGUGAUAAGUUCAGCAUCCCCCCUGCAAUCCCAUCCUGGGGAGCAGCAGGACUGGACAUCUGGCAGUGAUAGAACCUCUAAAUCUCAAUCCUCAAUGGGCCGAAGCAGACCGACCGCUCCGCCGAAGUCUCCCCUUUCUGGUGGCCAGCCGUGGUCGCACAGGGGUCCGGCAGAGGCGUUGCCGGAGAGAGGGGUGGGGGGUGGCAGCGGCGCGGACCCUGUGCAGCUGGGCGAACAUGCGGCAUCGACGGCUGGGGCGCGCAUCACGUCAGAGUGCCGGAACGAGCACAGCGGGAUUUUCUGCGAGCCAUCAUCGGAGACGGGUGAGCAGCAACCUCGGCUCAAUUCAGGGAGUGCAACUAGUCAAGGGACCAGCGGUGUCUUCUCUGCGGCAUCUCAGACUGAGACGGGUGCGGCCAGAAACGAACUGAUCGGUAGUGGGCCCCCACAUCCAGCUACAAAUGGCGUCAACGGCUGCCUGAGUUCGCCCAGUGGCAGCGCGUCAUCGAGAGACAAUGCAGAGAUGGCCGGCGGCAAACAACCGCAAAACGGGCAUGGUGGAAUGCCGUGCCGGAUUCAGGAGACGCCUCGUGCUGGAAACCCCGACCACAGCCCCGUCACCAUGGAAACGGAGGGAAAACUAAGCAAUGGUCCUAUCUUCACCGGUGCUGAGAAGGGGCGAAGUGAGGCGGAGAUGGCAUCCGAAAUCCUGAAAGAGGCAAAGGAGGCUGCGCUCUCAGAUCUCAUCACAGACAAAGCAGUGUUCCUGAACGGCUUCUGUGAGUCUCCCCACGUGAAGAGCUUUGACUCUAUUGUAAAUCACGUCGGAAAUGGAGAUACCGGUGCUGAAGCUUUGCAGAAUGCUAUGAAAACCCCGAAAGCUGAUGCUCUUGAUGCAGUGCGAAAUGUGCCGCAAGAAAACAACAUGGCGGUGGCGAGUGAAGAGAAAACAAAUCUGAAUCAUGAACCUCCUGUAGAUAGCUGUGUGAAUAAAUCGGAGGUGGAUGUUGGUUCUGUGUCGUGUAACAAGGUACAGGAUAACUGCAGGCCACAGAUGCUUGUGGGAGAGCAGAGCAAGUGUGAUGUGGUGCAAUCUGACAUGACCCAAGUUAGUGAGAAUGUGACACUGGCUGGUUGUGACAAGCCUGCUUCACAGCAUUUACCUGUGUCAAAGCAGGUGCCCAUAAAUGACUUCAAGGGGCAAGUUUCAUCUGCACAAAUGUUACAGCAUCAGGACUUCCAUAAACAUGUGGUUAAGGAAGAAAAGCCCAGCCCUAUGGAUGUAGAUACAGAAGUAUCUACUCUCCCUAACAAACUUAAGCAGAAAUCCUGCUUGCUAGGCGAACUGUUGGAAUCGACGUCGGUUGAAAAGCCGCCAAUUUCGUUGAAUAUAAACAGUGCAAGAGCAGCUGAGAAAAAGACCGAUAGUAUGUUUGUGCCCGUGAGCCAGAACAGUGCCAUGCAAGGCUUUAUUGCGCGCCCUGCAGUGGUGCUACCUAGUAGACAGCUAGGUGCUCUACCGGGGCAGUUGCCACAGCCGUAUGUGUCAGUACCCUCCACUAUCACACCUACGAAGCGUCCGUCCACUGAGCCAUCCGCAGGCCCCAACUCAAAGCGCCCAGCACCCCCGCCGUUUUCCCAAAGAAAUGUCCCGAGCCCCAUGCAGAUAUCAUCGCCGCCCAGCCUCAACACAGCACCUGCACCGCAUAGCCCGAUCUUGAAGUUGGCCCUAGAGAAAUCGUCAGCUGUGAAAGGUGCGACAUCACCACGUAGAGCUGGAGCAACAACUCCAAAAUCUGUGCCAAAGAUGCCUGUGGCCACAUGCUCGCGACCAGCCGCCACCAAGAGUAACACCUCCCAGUCAAAUACUCACAGCUCGACAGCUGCACACCAAAGAAAUACAGCUGCACAUUCUUCAGCAGCUGUCUCUCAGGCAAAGUUGCCGCCAGCUCAGCCAUUGCCACCGACACCACAGCAGCAGCAGGCAGCACAGAAACAGGCUGCUGAGUUGCAACAACGGGCGCUGAAGCUGCAGUGUCCACCCGAUCUCCUAUAUAAGUGCGAAUGGACGGGAUGCACUCACUUGUGCAAAGGUGCUGGAGGAAUCUUCAAACAUGUAGUGAAGGUGCACUGCACUCAGGAUGGCCCAUGCCUGUGGGAACCCUGCGACAAGAUGGUGCGAAAACGCUGGUCUCUCGCUACGCAUUUACAAGACAUUCACUGUCAAGACAAACUACUGCGCAUGGCAGCAGUGCGCCGCUUCCACGUAGAACAACUGGGUGACAGUCCUCUGCCUCCUGCCCAACUACCGCCGCAGCAUCCCGGCUUUCAUCCGAAUGCUGCCAUCCUGGCCAUACGGAGGCAUGCUGUACCGCCAGCAGCAGUGUUCGUGGAUGAAAAGGAGGGUCCAGUAACUAAACAUAUCCGCCUGACCGCAUCAUUGAUACUACGUAAUCUUGCCAGAUACUCGCACCUUGGAAGAAGCAAGUUGAAACCACACGAGCAGAAGCUAGCGCAGCUCUCGCUUAGUUGCGUGGAGUCGUCGACAGCACUGGCCAACUGUCUGUUUGAGCUGCGCUACGACCACUCGGUUGCGCCUACGUAGCGUCACACAGUGUCUGUGCCCACAUGAGGAUAGCUGGCAAGGUUAACCACAGCACUGUUGCAUUGGCUCACUACAUGUGUUCCACGUAUGAUAUUGAUGGAUGGAGGAGGGCAGGAAGGGUGGGCUGGUCAUAGCUGCAUGUACAAAUGGUCAAGGGCAGGCAAUAUGGGGCUGGUCAUAGCAAUCGGUAAGGAUGGUGUGAUAGUCAAUGAGGUGGAUUGAACGAUAGGGUGUUCUUGUCAUAGAGAAAGAAAGAGAGUAAAGAAUACAAGUGCAUGCAGACAGUGUAACGGUGUGCACUGGAUUGUCGAGUGGCUUGUUUUUGUUUGCGAUGAAGAUUCAUGCUGCUAUCUGGCCAUGCGGAAUAGGUAAAUAGCAUCGAUAUCGUAACAGGUAGAAUUUGAAAGUUUUCCAAGGGUAUGUGGGUAUACGAUGUCAGCAUUCGGUCAUUAUUUUUGUAAUCACUACUUGAUUGUGAUGCGUCAGCAUUGUGCUUGCUGGAUUUUUAAAAGAAACCAUUUAUGUCUCCACAUAACUUAUUUGUUUCAGUGUUUAUUUUAUUUUAAUUAAUGGCAAACCUGAUUAUUUGGUACAUACAACUAGCAAAUUGAAUAGCCCUUCUCCAUGCACAUGGUUGACAGACGAGCAAGGGUGUUAUAAUUAAUGACAUUGUAACUGGUGGCUGUUUAGCACUGCUCACUACUGCCAGUAUGUGGCUGCAUGCAAUAGUGGAGGUGGUUAAAUGUUGUGGAGGCUUCUGGAAGCAAAAUCCCAAGUGCUGCUGUGUGAUAUUAUGUACUUAUAUUUCCAUUUCUGCCAUAUGCAAUAUAUAUCUAAAGGUCAUACUACAUAUAUUUAAAGAAUAAAGUGCAUCUGUAUAAAGUACAACUAGUUAUAAACGUAUAUUACAAACUCUCGGUUGAUAUUUAAUAUUUAUUUUGUAUGCAAGUCCAUAUGGGAACCACCUUGGUUUAUCCGGCACAAUUCGAAUAGGGACAGAAAGGUUGUGAGCAUUGACCUUUUGUCUACUGUCGAUAUAUUUGUUGCAUAUGACUGUGUGUGAACAUGUCGUGGGUAAGUGGGUGCCAUCAAAUUUGACUGUCCUGCUUCACCACUAGGUGUUACGCGUGGUCCGUCGUUAUUCGCUGUCAUGUGCUUUGCUGUAAAUGUUGUUCUCUACUAUACGUAGGUUGUACAGUCAUGUUCUAUGAGAGGUGUGUUAGUAACAUGGAGAGGACGGAACUCCUUGUUGCAAUCUCUUGCGUUGUUCCAUUCCACGGAUGUCGAAAGGGUAUACCUGCUGUACGUCGCAAACGUGUUAUUUCGUAUUCCUUAGUGUUUGUAUAAAACAGUUAUGAAAGUUUCAAAAUAAGUGGCUGGUGAAAUGAAAGUUUCAGGCAUCGACUCCUCUGGGAUUCCUCGAAUGGAGGGGGUGGGUGUUGUGCCCCAAUGCUACUAAGGAUUUCAAAUUUGUAGUAAGAGAUAAAGACAUGGCAAGAUUGCAUUGACAAAAGACCAUUAAGGAAUAUAUAGUUUUCUAUGGAACAUCAAUGUAUUGUGAAAUAUAGUAGUUGCUUCAGAAUGCAUCUUUGUGAAGUAAUGUGUGUAUUUAGUUAAGGGAUUCUUUAUAAAAUGUGUUACGACUAUCAUAAGAUUAACAAGAACAUUAAAUGCAUUUAAAAUUA